AUUAAUGGUAAUACCUACCUAAUUGUAUAAAUAAAUAUGAUAAUUAUUAUUGAAGAACAAUGAUUUGUGUCUGGCAAAUGUUAUGCAACAAAUGUUCUUGAUAAUUGUAUUUUUUUUUUAAAAUUUAAACUGAAUAGGUAUAUUAUCAUUACUCAGUAUAGUAAUGAAAAUAAUUUAUUAACCUUACCUACUAUAACACCGAUAAGAUACCUAUGCAAUACCGAGGUUCAAUAUUAUGAAAUGGCCUUUGCAAUAAUGUAUUUUGCUGAUCAUUUAGUACAUACACAUUAUAAUUGAUAAUAAUUUCAAGUGUAUGUACCCACCUACCUUUAUAAUUUGUUCCCAAUAGUAACACAAAUUUUAGAAAACAAUGAAAAGUAAGUAUUAAGUACCUAAAGAUAAAUCAUAAGUUGUUAAAUUUAAACAUAUACUUAUACUUAUUUAUGUCACAUUCUCGUUUGAUUUUUGUUUCAGGCUAUUUUUUUAUGUGUAUUGUUAUCAGUUUAACAUUAGUCGUGUUCGCUAGACACAAAACAAUUUAUAAAUAUAAACCAGAAGUUGACAAUUUUAAUUGGAACCUAUGUAAGGUAGGUAACCUACCUACUAUUGUAAAAUCCUGCGUUCGGAAAUGGAGUAAUAAUCUUAAAAUAAAUCAUUUUCUUGAACGAAUAGGCUCUGCACGAUGCCGAGAAGAAUAACGCUGUCAUAUCUUCUAUAAGUGUUAAACUGAUGUUAUUGAUGCUUUAUGAAGGAGCAUUAGGAAACACAUCAGACCAGAUAAGACGUGUUGCUGGAUUUUCUGGAAAUAAAACCAACGAUAGAACUACAUAUUCGCAAAAAUUGCAAUCGUUACAAGUAACUCAAUGAUUUAACGUGGUAACUGUACCCAUAUCAUAUCAUAUAAAAAUCUUGCUGUACUUGCUACACAUCUAUAACCUAUACAUAGAUAUUAUAACCAGUAACACUCUGUAUAUAAAAUUUUUUUUUUUCCACUGAGAACAUAGAUAACUAUAGUAAAAUAACAAAACAAAGGUGCAUGGUCUAAUAAUUUAUGAAAUAUUUUGUGUAUAGGUAUUAAAAUAUAUUUUCUUUUAGUGAUAAACUAAUAAAAAACAAUCAACUGAUUAGUUGUCACAACAAAAAUUCUUGGGGUCCGGGACGAAAUCUAUUUAUGGGCCCCCAAAGCUUAUGUACAUUGGUCAUAUUUUUCAUAGGCCCAUAAGUCAUAAAUUAAAUGAAGGUAUUCAUGGUGAUUUUUUUAAGAUUUUUAAAAAUCUAAUGUGAAGGCCUAAGGAUGGUAGCAUCCAAUGUGUUGUUAUUAAAAUAUAAUUCUAUUUUUUUUUCAUUCUAUAAUAUAAGCGCCAUGUACACGGGUGCCUCAGGGGGGCGUAACUCUAGAACUUAGAUCAUAUACAAUAUUAUAUAUCAUAUACAUAUGGUCUAAGCUCUAGAGAACAUAAUUGAUAUUAUAGAUUGGAGUCAUGCGGCAUAUUAAAAUAAUGAAAAUUCUAUUUAUCCCUUAGAUAUUGGUUGUGACUUGUGACUCUCCUCCCUACUGCGUAUAAUUGUUAAUAAUAUUUCAAGACACACACAUUAAUAAAAUUAAAUAAUGCCAAACAUUAUUUAUGUAUUAUGUUUAUUCUUUACCUACCUAUUCAUCUGUUAAAAAAAGCAUCAAGUUUAAAAUUUUUGUUAAUUUAUAAUGUACCUAAUUAACUAAUUAAAACUUAUUUCUAGAGUCAUGAAAAAGAUGAUUAUGAAUUUGAAAUUGGUACAAAAUUAUUUAUAGACAAACGCGCACAUCCCAGUAUUUUAUUUUUAGAAAUUAUUAAUCAGUGGUAUAAUUCAAGCUAUAAGGAAGUUGAUUUCAAUCAAUCUGAAGAUGCAGUUAACUCAAUAAAUGAAUGGGCAAAAAACAUUACUCAUGGACAUAUCCAAAAUUUAAUAACUGAAGGUCAGUUUCUAACUACAUAUAAUAUUAUGAUUGUUUACUAGUGUUUUUAGAUUCAAUAGGUAAUUACAAAAUUGUGUAUGUUAAUUUUAGCGGAAACUAAAGAAAACACUCUUCUUAUCUUAUUGAAUGCCAUAUAUUUCAAAGGCUAUUGGACAACGCCAUUUAAUAUAAAUCUGACCAAAGUAGACAAAUUUUAUUUAAACUCAAAAACUACAGUUGAUGUUCCAUUAAUGACUGUUAUCGAUAAGUUUGAAAUAUCUAAAAUAGAUUCCCUCGAUUCUCGAAUAAUUACCUUGCCAUAUAAGGUAAAAUAUAAAAAUUGUUUUAUUAAUUGGAGAAUAGUUUAUAAUAAAUUGUGAUUUUGUUUUUAAUUAUAAUUUUAUAGGGAAACAAAUUUGUUAUGUAUAUUAUACUGCCAAAUUCAAAAGAAGGCUUAGAUGUUUUGAUUAAAAAAAUUAAUCCUUCGGUAUUAAGUAAAUCAAUAAAAAAUAUGCAGACACUAAAUACAAAAGUCAUCUUACCAAAGUUUAACUUUGAGUAUACAUCAGUUCUUGGACCAAUUUUACAAAAGGUUCAGUAUAAUUAUUUUUUAGUGUUAGGUAUGUAAUUGAGUUAAACAAUUUAACUAAUCCCAAAAAAAUUACCUACCUAUUUAUCAAUCAACUGUAAGUUGAUCAAAGUUUUUUACUUUUAUAUAAAUUAAUAGUAUGAAAGUACAAGUUUAAUACAUUACUUGAUUAAUUACUUGACUAGAUAUUUUAUUUAAACUAAUUAAUAGUUAGGAAUUACUGAUAUGUUUGGAGCAAAAUCAAAUUUGACAAAUUUGGGAAGUGGUCCAUUAGGCAAUCUCAAGGUAUCUAAUGUACUCCAAAAAGCAGGACUUGAAGUAAAUGAACAAGGAAGUACUGCACAUGUUGUUACUGGUUUGUUUUGAUUAAUGGUUAGAUUAAAUACUUAUAUGAAAUUUGAAUUAAAUUAAUAAUUAAUAAAUUUAAUUAUAGAAGUCGAUUUAGACAGCAGAUUUGGAACACCAAUUGAAGCUGUUUUUGAAGUUAAGAGACCGUUUUUAUUCUUGAUAGAAGAUAUUACAAGUGAUACAAUUGCAUUUGUUGGAAAAGUGACAAAUCCUCUUUCACAUGGUUCUCCAAUAGUUUCUAUUCCACAGACUAACACCCCAAAUCAAACUCAAAUAAAACGUAAUUAUACAAUUUAAAAACAUGCAAAAUUCUUAAUCCACAUAGUAUCUAUUAGCCCCAUAAGGCUCCUCAUGUAUAAUUAUUAUAGAAACCAAAUUUAUACUUAUAAAAACCAAAAGUAUUAUUUUUACAUUUUAAUGUGUUAAAAUAUUUCAUUAUAGAUGUGUGGGAAGAUGGUAAUGAGAAGAUUUGUUUGGGUGUUGACAACUUCCAGCCGUCAUUUACUUAUUUUGACUCAGAACUAUUUCAAGUAAAUUUCUCUUAAGUUUUAAUUUGGAAUCAAACAUUUUUAAUAGCCAUUUAAAACAUUUACUAAUAACUAAUAUUUAGUAAACAAUGAAUUUUAUUUAAUCAGAAUUUAUUGAUUUUGCAAUUGUUUUUUCUCUCAUAGGAGCUUGGUUUGAAUCAACUAAAUUCAAAUUUUGCAGUUUCUCCAGCUAGUAUAAAGAACAUUCUAUCAUUAUUAUCAGAAGGUGCACAUGGACAUACUUUGGAACAGUUAAAAGCUAUAUUACGUUUACCAAAUGAUCAAUCAAAAUUACAUAAAUUAUUACACUUAAAUCAAUUGUCAAUGAAUAGUGACACAAUUAACUUAAAAAUUGUUAAUAACAUCUUUGUGAACAACAAGCACAAUAUAUCUAUUAAUUUCAAAGACAUUGCGAAUAAUUUUUAUUCAGCUUAUAUAUCAGAAAUUAAUUUCCAAAAUAUUGAUGAAUCUAUAAAAUUAAUUAAUGAAAAAAUAUCAGCCGAUACAAAAGGACUUAUAAACAAUAUUGUUUCCAAUGGUGCGUAAAAAUAUCUAUUUUAAAAUAUAAAAGUUCUUCAUCUCAACUAUAUGAGGUCAGUUUGUCACUUCAUUAAGCACCUAAGAAUUCUCAUCUCUGCUACACUUGUUUCCUAUUUUUCUAUCUACUAUCUAACACUCCCGACCAUACACAUAAUAUUAAGUCUCGCCCACACUUUUGGAAAACUUACCUUUAAGUCUUGGAAUUCUCUUAUCACAUAAUACAUCUGACGCAUCUCUCUGCUUUAUCCAAUCCUAUAUUUCAAACCCUCAUAAAGGCCACUAUUCGGUUGUACAAAAGAUCCUAGGUAGGUACUUAAAACUCUCAAUCUCGCCUAUUACUGCUUGUUGUCGUUAACUGCCAUGCCCUAUUCCUUCAAUUUAUACUCCGUUUUACUUCUACUUAUCAUUAUUCCUUUCCUUCAACUGUUACUAUACAUUUCUCAAGUCUAUUGUUAAUUUAUUUCAAAUUUUCUUCUAUCAAAGCUAUAGCAUGUGCAAACAUCAUCAUUAUGGCACCUCCUCUUACCCGUUGUUCCUGCGCACAUCUGAAAUGAGACAAUCCAGUAAGGCUUUGUUUAGUAUUCUUCAUACUGUUUGACAGAAUUUUACAUUGACUAUCAACCUGACAUAAACCCAUUUAUCAUCUCUUACUACAGGUAAAAGUAGUAAAAAUUAUAUUUUAUUUAUUAGGUAUUUUAUUAUUUAAAAAAUUAUUUUUAUUAGAAGUACCAAGUAUAUAUAUUUUGUUAAACAGUAUAUAAGUAUUGUUAUUAACAUAGGUAUAUAAAACAUAAACCAUUUGCAUAUUGUUUAAAGUUUUUAUACUAAAUUAUGAAGUGACAUGUUGCAGACGAUUUUGAUGGAACUACUGAACUUUUAUUGGCAAAUGUACUUUAUUUCAAAGGUGACUGGUUAGUGGAAUUUAAUGAAAGUAAAACUAAAUCUCAGUGUUUUUACACAAAACAAAAAUUAUGUACGAAUGUCAAUAUGAUGAAUUUAGAAUAUAAACUAAAACAUGGAUACAUAAUAAAUAUUAAUGCUCAAGCUGUUGAACUAGUUUACAAGGUAAUAUUAUUUUUUAAAUUAUAAAUUAUACAAUUUUAUUUUGAGUUUUCAUUUUUCUUAAUAAAAACUUGCUAUAAAACUAGUUAUAAAAUUAAUUAACCGAGUACAUAUUUCAAAAAUAUUAUUGCAUUCUAAGUAAAUAUGAUUUAUAUAUAUAUAUAUUUUUUUUAAAGCUUUACUUAUUUAUUUAUAUAAAAUUAUAUAAGUACCAAAAGUUCAUUUGUUUUAUAAGGCUACACAAUAUUUCAUUAUUACCAGUAGAUAAUAAGUAUAUUAAACAAUCAGUUUGACUCCUCAAAUACCAAUACCUAAAAUGGUAUAAAAAAAAGUAUAACAAUAAUUUAUUGUUUUAAAAAUGUUAAAAAAUGUCGAUAACAAUUUUUUAUCAAAUGAAUUCCUUACAAUUGAUUGCAAUUUAAUUUGCAUUAUAAUAAAAUUGUUAAUAAAUAAUUUCAACAUGAUUAACCAGUUAAUAUUUCAAUGUAGGUUUCAUUUAAAUACUAACAAAUGAAUAAAUUAAAUGUGAAAUUAUUACAUGUACCCUUGCUGUAAAUUUAUUUAUAGGAUGAAAAUUUUUCUAUGAUUGUUAUACUACCUGAUGAAGAUAUUUCAUUAUUACAAUUAGUGAAAAAUUUACAACACAAUAAUCUAUCCAUGAUAUUAAAUUCAUUAGAACAAAAUCAUGUUGACUUGUACUUGCCACGGUUCAAAAUUGAUUAUUCGACAAAAUUGUCAACUGUUCUUAAAAAGGUGAGUAUACAAUAAUUUUGAUUUAAAAGUGAAAUAAAAAAUUAUUAUUGUAUCAAUGCCCAUAUAAUUAUAUAUAAAUUAUCAGUUUGUAUGAAUGUGCGUUUAUACAGAUCUUCCAGAUUUUAUGUAACUAAAUAUUUCACUAGUUAUUAAAUAUGUUUUUUAAAUGGUUAGAAAAAUGUUUGAACUCACAUAUAACUAUUUUAGAUUCUAAACGGAGUAAGGAAUAUAUUGAUUUUACAAAGAUAUUUAUUUUUCUAUAAACAGUUUCCUACCAGAUAUUUUGCUCCAAUUUUCAAGUGCAGCACUUUAUCUAAAAAGGAAAUUUGACUGGGCUGGUACUCUGGGGAGGUUAUUUUUCGAUUUACUCAGAGGUUUUCAUAAUAAACAGGAAAAUUUGCAAAAAGUAUUAUUUCCAAAUCGUAAAUAUUACUGUUUUUCCAAAUAUGUAUAAUUUAACUAGGCUCAUAAUCGUUUUUCAUUAGCAAAAAUUAAUUGUUACAUACCUUUCCAACUUCCCACCUAUCAUAUAAAGAAUGAUUGUUUGUUUUUAUUUAUAUGUCAAAAUAUUUCAUCUAUAACAAUAAAAAGUAUGUCGUGUUGAAUUCAGGUAUGACAGGGGGGUGUUGGCUCCCCCCUUAAAUGUGGAUAAAUUAAUUAAAUAAUAAAACAAAUUUAAUUAAGAGGGUAGAUAAUCAAAAAAAAAAGUCAUUACCAUAAUUGUUAGUGCCCUCCCCCUCUAGAAAAAUUCUCUGGUUUCAACACUUUAAAUACUACACUUGUUUGUGUGUGAUCCACAAGUGAAUGUAUCGCAUACAUAGGUAUAAAAAUGUGUACAUAGGCAGAUGAACAACUCUGAAAACCUCGAAGCAAAUAUCCAUCAACUAAUCCACAAGGUUUUUAGGUUGUUUAGAACAAAAAUUAAAUUAUUUUUGUUCAUAUCCUUGGUGAUAUGGGUGAAAAAAUUAUAAUUUAUAAAUUUACAUAAUUUGGUUAUCAUGGACAAGAAAGCACGUUCUUUAAAAAAAAUAAAUUUCUGGUAACAGUUAAUUAUAAUAGGGAAGGGGAUAGAAACAAGAAGUCACUGGGAGAUAAGUUUUAAUUUUUUUUUCAUUCAAUUCUAUACACUGAACAAACCGUCAAAGAGAACUAUUUCUGAAUAAUAUAUAUUAUUACAAAUAAUUUGGAAAUGUUGUAAACGCACAUUUGUGUACCAUUUUAACUUUUUUACAUUGUAAAAUAUCCAGACUAAUAUUAAAACAUUAGAUUAAAUACAAAUGUUUUAAUAAUGAUUAAUAUUUAAAAUUAUUUGUAUGAAUAAGAUGGGAUUAAUUUCAAUAUUUGAAUGGAAUGCAAAUAUAUCAUCAAUAUUUGAUCCCAAAAAGAAUAUACAUGUUAAAGACAUUACACAUAAAGUAACAGUGGAAAUUAACGAAAAAGGAUCGAUAGCUAGCGCAGUUACAGGUAUUUUUAUAAAACUUUUCACAACAAUGUUAUAGUAUUUAAAUUUGUUUAAUAUUUAAUCAUACAUUUUAUUAUCAAUGAUAAUCUGAUAUUUUGGGUUUUUUAAAUAUGUUUAAAUUUUAUACUUUGGUACAUUUAACAGUCAAAAUAAAAUUUAAUAAAAAUUUCUUUAUUCAAAAUGUAUACAAAUAUUCCUUAGGUAGUUAUCAUGCUUUGCUUAACAUGGUACUUAUUUUUAGACAUUUUUGGAUGAAAAAUAUAAGCUAAACGAAAGAAUGCCAUUUCCCACUCCUUUUCAGCCACUGCUAUAUCUUGUUAUUUUAACUAAAAAAUAAUCUAUUAUAAUAUGUAUUCUACUAAUAUGUACUAAGUACUUACUGUAAAAAUUAAUAUAAUAAUUUGGUGGUUUGCCAACAAUAACUACAAAAUAAUAUGACUGCUUUAGGAUUUAUAUUGUCGAGGAAAACUUUCUACGACAGAGUAGGGGCCUAUUCUACCAACACAUUUUACAACUUUUCAAUUCGCACACAGUAUUUAUGCAAUAUAUUUUUAAGCCUUCAUAACCACUUUAUAUUGGUAUUGGUCAUAAUAUUAAUAAUAUAACAAAUAUCAAUAUUGUUAUUAUACACAUAAAGAAGUACAUUACAAUAAUUAGUGAAAUAACCCCCUGUUUUAUUGCAAUAUGUUUUCCAUGAUAUUCGUGUGUAGUAUAUUAAUGUGAUAUAAUAUAAUACAACAUAAUUCAUCUCAAAGCAGUGGCAUUAUUUUGUAAGCACAAAUAAUAAUACAACAUUUAUAUUUCAGUUGCAAAUGUCAUGACUUUAAGUUGCAUACCAGAAUUGAAGAAAGUGACCAUGAAUGUAAACCGGCCUUUUGUAUUUUACAUUAUUAACCGUAUAACGCAAACCACACUAUUCAGUGGCCAAGUGCAUAACAUAUCAGCUUAAGCAAAAUAACAACCACAUUAUAUGAUCAAAUAAUGAUGACGUUAAUUCUAUGUAGACAUUGACUAAUGAUAAUGUUCUAAAAAUAAUUCAGUACCUAUUAAUUAUCUUUUAAGUUAUUGAGUAGGUACAUUUUUAUAUUUUAUUUAGGGUAUGUAGUUAUAUUUUGUAUAUUUGCUGACUAUACUAUAGAUUUUCUUUGUUUAUUAAUUUUAAGCCCAUAUAAUAUAUUCCUGGACCUACAGAUAAGAUAAUUUGUUUGUUUCUAAUAAAUGUAAAUUAACAACAUCAAACAUACAUUUUUUAUUU